CACGCAGAAAGCAUGCGGCCUUCGGUUCAAAAUCGUUGGAAUUUCAAGACAGCAAAGGUGGGCGUUCUGCCAGGCCCGGGGCCCUUCCCUCUGAGUGCUUUCCUCCCGGGUGGGGGCCCACCUCCUCAUCCCUUCUUGUUGCUGCGGCUCCCUGGCCCUCUUCUCCUCUCCCAGCUGUCACCGUCUCAUCUGCACAAGGCCCCACAGGGACAGCGCACACUCAGCCCCUUGAUGGUGACACAGCCGGCCCGGGAGGCGGGACACUGGGGCCUGGGCACUCCCUGAGCGGAAACUCCCCCACGGAACUCUGAAGGGUCAGGAUGGUUCUGGGAGCGGGGAGGCCUCUGCGCAGCCUGCUGGGGAGAAGCAUCGGGGCUGUGCACGUGGGUGUCAUCUGUGGAAUCAGGCUGGGUCUCCUUUCUGUCUCUCCCAGUGCGGGGUGCAGAAGGGAGGGGACCCCGCCCCGCUGCCUGGUAAUUCCUGGAGGGAGUGGCCUGGCCCAAGCCCCUGGGUCGAGGGGUGGCAGGCUUCUGUGGAGGAAGGGGAGGAGCCCCUGGCUGGAGGAGCCGUGACUCUGGGUGCCAGUGCUCCCCAGAGGAGGGAAGGCCAGGAGGAGCUGAGCCGCGGGAGUGCCCGUGGGUCUGGGGUGCCAGCGUGCCCCACUGUGGCAUCCGGCCCUCCGCUCCAAAUCCCCAGUCCCUGAUGUGGGUGGGAGCAGCCAGCCGGGGCUGGCCAGGUGUGCUCCCGCCCCCGGCCCCAGACAGGUAGGCUGCGCCAGGCCCACCUUCCCUCCCACCAGCAAGAAGGGUGGCAGGUCCGCAGGUGGGCAGGUCUGGGCAGCGGCUGCUGAGUCAGUCUGCAAGGAAUGUUCGGGCCGCUCCCAGCUUCACCCUGUCCCUGCCUGCCCCCACCUCGCCCUGCUCCCCAGGCGCUGCUGGCACGGCGCCCAUGCCGGGAACGCAUCCUCGGCCCAGGCUUGCUUGGACAAGCUCCCCCCAGCAGCCGACCCCCACUCCUCCCCCUGCGUGCCCCCAUGACCCCGGCAGAGCCCCCAUCUCCACGGUCCCAGGUCGCUCCCAGGCUGGCCCACGUGUGUGAACAGGGCUCCACCUGUGUGACGGACAAACCAGGGAAGGCCUGAGGUCAGGGCCAGGGAUGAGUUGGGACCCCGACAACAGCCCCCAGGCGGGGUCCAGAGCCCAGGGGAGAGAGGCCCGGAAGGAGGGGGCUUCCUGGAAGAGGAGGCUGCGUACGAGGAGGCCUGGCCUGCUUGGCUGGGGCUGGGGGCUGGGGAGGUGGCCAGGAGGCUGGGCCUGUGGCAGGCAAGCCGGCACUUUGGCCAGAGCCCAGUGCCUCCCUCCCCUUGGCUCCACUCAGAGCCCUUGCCCCUGGCCACCCCAGGUGGCCUCCUUGCCCAGGCAGACCCUGGGCCCGCUGCUGCUGGGCAGGUGGGGCAGUGGGCCGGGGAUGGAGGGGUCAGUCCCAGAGGCGAGCAGGCCAUCCCAGCUGUCUGCUCCCAGCCAGCAGGGAGGGGAGAUGGGGCACCCCCCGGAGCCCCACAGCGCCCCGGCCCCGGCGGGCACCACAGCUGUACCCGGGCUCAUUCCGGACCUCAUCGCCAGGAUCCCCUGGCCCCGCUGGGCCAUCGUCACUAUCGCUGUGGCUGCUGGCGUGCUCACGGUUUCCUGUCUCCUCUGUACUCUCUGCUGCUGCCUCCGCCGUCACCGUGGCCGCAGGAGGAAGCCCAGGGACAGGGAGGCUGUGGGCCUGGGCGGUCCUCAAGGGACCACCACCAGCACCCACCUGGGGCAACCGGACGUGGAUAAUCAGACACGGCCCUGGGGGGCCCAGCACUGGGGGCGCCUGCAGCUCUCCCUGGAGUAUGACUUUGGAAGGCAGGAGUUCCCUGACUCCCAGAUCAAGGUGGGCCUCAAGCAGGCCGUGGACCUGAGAGCCUGUGGCCCGGGCGGCACGGCGGACCCCUACGCCCGCAUCAGCCUCUCCACCCAGGCGGGGUGCAGGCACGAGACGAAGGUGCACUGCGGCAUGCUCUGCCCCACGUUCCAGGAGACCUGCUGCUUCCACGUGCCGCAGGGAGCGCUGCCUCGGACCUCCCUGCAGGUGUGCGUGCUGGGCUUCAAACGAUUCUCUGCCCACGAGCCAUUGGCCGAGCUCCACCUGCCGCUGGGCGCCGUCGACCUGCAGCAUGUCCUGGAACAGUGGUACCAGCUGGGCCCGCCGGGCGCCAUGGAGGCCGAGCUGGCGGGAGAGCUGUGUUUCUCGCUGCAGUACGUCCCCGGCUCGGGCCGGCUGACCGUGGUCGUGCUGCAGGCGCGAAGCCUGAGCCUGGGCCUGGCAGACCCCCACGUGCAGGUCCAGCUCAUGCUGAACCAGAGAAAGUGGAGGAAGAGAAAGACGUCCAGUCGGAAGGGCACAGUUCCCUACUUCAACGAGGCCUUCACCUUCCUCGUGCCCUUCAGCCAGAUCCAGAACGUGGAUCUGGUGCGCUGGGCCCAGGGCCCACAGUUUCGGGCUGAGCCCGUGGGCAAGGUGCUGCUCGGCACCCGGGCCUCUGGUCAGCCCCUGCAGCACUGGGCAGACAUGCUGGCCCAUGCCCGGAGGCCUGUUGCCCAGUGGCACCACCUGCGGCCUGCCGGGGAGGUGGACCGAGCUCUGGCCCUGAAGCCGCCUGCACAUGCCCUUGCCUGGCCGGGGAAAGCAUCCCUGUGCCUCCGGCUCCCAGGACAGAGGUGUGGCUGCUGUUCAGGCUGCCCUGGGGCAUCGAGGCAGUAAAUGCCUCCUCUUACUGUGGCUUUCCUGAGCCCGCGGGGACAUGGUGGGGUCAGGGGCUCCCCCAUCCCUGCUGCGGGGAGAGGACUCUCUCCAGGCUCCGCAGGGCCCUGAGGCCUCUGGCCGGUGGCUGGCCCCUCAGGGGUGAAGGGGUCCCCUCCAGGCCCAACAGCGACGGUGUGGAGAGGUAGGCGAUCCUCCCCGUCCGUGAGGCUGCAGGGUCAGGGAGGGAGGCUGCUGCCGGCCCCAUGGGGACAUGGGGUCAUCAGGAGGCAUUUGGGGGGUGGUGACAGUGGAAGGAAAGGACCCCAACCCAAGGGGCCGCUUUAGCCCCCCGUACAUUUUCCAACGGCGGCUGCGGUGGGACGUCCCCUUCGAGACGGCAGGGGGCAGUAGAUGUCUUCGGAAGCCAACCGGGGCCUUGGGGGCUCAGCCCUGGCCAGGAAUGCGGCUCUAAUCCCCACACAUCUGGACGGCUUUAGCUCCCCCUGACCCUCCCCACGGCCCGUGAGGCCGGCAGGGCUGGGGCCACGCACCCCCAGCUCAGAGGGUGCCAAGUCAUGGUCCUCCGGAUGUCUCUGCGGGGUGGGGGCCCGGGCGGGGGGCGCAGGCCCGGGCCAGGGUGAGAAGGGCAGCAGUGUGGGCCUGCCCAGGCAGCCAGGAGGGCCCCAGGCCCCUCGGGUCAGGGAGAGGUUCCCAGGCGGGUGGUGCCGCCAUCCUUGGGUUGAAGGACGAGUUCUGAGUGAGCCAGGAACCACCCCAGGGCAGGGCGUUCCGGCCCGCUGCACGUCCAGGCGCCCUCCCUCCUGCUCCCAGAGGACAGGAUCCAGUGAGGGGGGAGCCCCCACUCAGAGGGCCCGGGCCAUUGCCGUGGGCCACAUUUGGGGAUCCAGGCCUUGCCCCCGAGCUGGAGCCAGCCUGGAGGAAGAAGGGACGCGGCCGGCUUAUGCCUGGGACACCUGGCCCAGCUCAAAGGCCGCGAUGAGCUUCAGGGGAGCUGCUCCACCCCAGGAAGCCGGCCCCCUUGGGGAAGCAGAGGGGAAACCGAGGUGUGGACCCUGGCUUAGGACGGGAGUGACCCCUCAGCUGACCCUGAGGCUGUGCCCUGCGGUGGCCCAACAAAGCCACGUACAGCUGACCGGAGGCUCCUUGCAAGAACAAGGGAGGCUUCUCGAACUUGUCACUGAGCUCUAAAUAGAGCAACCCAACCUCGGCAUCCCCCCCCCUCCACACCAAGACUUCUUGGACUGGACGAC